AUGCCUUCCUCCAGCUCCAAAUCCUCCAAGCCCAAGCCCUCCGAGGUUGCGUCGGAGACAAAAAAGUACUACACACCCUUGAUCAAACACGAAUACGCAAACCGAUGGCAGACCUGUUCCUACAUCUGCCGUCAGCCUCUGAUAGAUAUCCAGUUCGAAGACAGGCCCCCUAGUGUGACACCCCCCGUCUUUUACGUGUCCACGGGUGACCCGGUUGACAUGACGAUCAACUGGCAGAUCCAAUCGGGGACUUCUAUCCCCUUCAUUUGCGCGGCAAACGACAGGCGUCCCGGCGGCGACUGGGAGACCGGGGCGGUUGGCUACGAGGAACGCCUCUGCCGGCGAAGCACCCUUGCAGCGGCCUUGGCUACCCCAGGGCAGGGUUCUGACCUCAACGACCACUAUCCCAUCCCCAUCUGUGCCGGGAUCAUGUCUCAGGAUGUUGUCGUCUUCCGAGGGCCCCACGAUAAGUACGAGAAGCUCCCGCUGGAGCAAUGGCGAUCUCUCCCGGUUGUCUCCGUCCCACCACCGCGGUGGCCCAAACUGACGCAGAACGGCACAAAAUACUCGUUUGCCGACGAACGGGAGAUGGUCAGGGACAAGCUUCGGGGUGCUCUUCGAAUCUGCGCCUACUAUCGCUAUGACACCGUCGUGAUUGGAGACUUUGGGUUGGGCAAUGGCUACCGGAACCCACCACAAGAGCUAGCGGAGCUCUGGCGGGAAGUGUUCCUCUACGACCCCGACCUCCGAGGCCGUAUCCGAUGCGUCAUGUUUGUCUUUGAAGAUCCCGCUCAAAGCACCAUGCAGCUCAUCCUCGACGAGAUUGCCAAGAAGGCCAAGGGGGGUUCAUCCAGCAAGUCGAAGAAGGGCGGCUCCAGUUCUUCCAACAGCAACUGCCCCACCGACUUUCAGAUAUUCAACCAAGUAUUCGACAGUGCCGAGAUCCAGAGAGUAAUCGCAAGGCCGGAUGCGAGAUAUGGGUUAGACAAUCUUCUUGUCUAA